AUGCAUAAUAACAAACAAUAUAUAGAAAAAAUCAACGUAGAUAAUUUUCAAAAACCAAAUAUUUACAAUAAAUUUUUACCAUUUUAUGAAACUGUUAAACAGCAAAGUUUAGACUCAUUUCAAGAAAUAUGUGAAAAUCUUUCACGUAUUAUUCAAUUACGUGAAUUACGACCAGGUUUUCCACUUUGGUCAUCAAAAUUACAACAAUUUAUUUCACUUUAUGGUUUUUGUUUUAUUAAAAGUGAUCAUCUUAAAUUAAUUAAUCUAUAUCUAUCCGUACUUACUAUUCCAAAUUUAAAUUAUUCAAAUGCAAAAACAUGUUUCGAUAUAAUUGAUGAACUUUUAAAUAAGUCUCGUUUGAUAACACGAAAUGAUCUUAUUGUCAAUUGGCAAAUACUUUAUACAUGGGUAAAACUAAUUCUGUUUAAUAAUGAUGAAUCCUAUUCAUUGCUUGCUUUACCUAAUGAUAUUGAAAAAUCACUUUUAUAUUGUGUUCGCAGUUGUCGUCCAUAUUUUUCGGCGACAGCAACACAAGAAAUUCUUGAUGAAUUUCAUCCAUGGCUAUGCCCAUUUGACUCAGCUUUUAGUGAUGCUAUGUGUUAUUUAGAUCUUUUCUUGCCAGUUCAUUUACCACCGGAUUUACAUGAUCAAGGAUUUAAAUUAUGGUUACCGGAAUUUUUGGGUAUUUGGGAAAGUGUUUGUAGUAAUCCUGAAUGGGAGCAAAAUAUGAUCAAUAUAUUUUCUUUUGUUGCAUGGUGUAAUAUUGGAUAUAUUGAUUGGGAACCUUGGCUACCAAAAAUUUUUACACGUAUACUUAAAAAUUUUUCACUUCCGGUUGCCAAUGUACAAGUAUCAUCACAAACACAAAAUUAUUCUAUAUCAAUUACUGCGACAUGGAUUGUCGCUAUGAUGGGCAAUGGAAGUUUAUGUUUACAAUAUUUAAGAGAUUUAUUUACUGCAACUAAAAGUUUUUAUCAUCCAUCAAAUACAGGAGACUUUCAACAAGAUCUCGUUAGUUUUCUUUCAAAAUUAGCACAAGCAUUCGUUGAUCGUGUUCAUUUAGAACGUAAAUCAGAUCCUGUAUGGCAUUUUAAUCCACCUGAAUCUUAUAGAAUUACAGAAAAUGAUAUUACAGAUUUUGUUAAUUGUGUCAAAGAAUGUGUAUUUAUUUCAAUUUUUAAUAAAGCUCAUCUUGAAGAAGCUGCUAAAGCAUGUCAAUUUUUAUCAAUGCUUCGACCAGAACUUAUUGUUCCACCAUUAGUUGAAUUGCUCUUUUCUUCUAUCAAUAGUAUGACUGAACCACAUCGUUUUACAUCUAUUGUUACUUGUUUAGCUGAUAUGGCUCGUCAGAUUGUACGUCAAACGCCUGAAUUUUCACAAGGUCAAACAUAUGUUUUACCAUUAUUAAUGGCUGUUCUACCUGGUAUUGAUUCGAAUGAUUACAAAAAAACUGCUGUAACAUUUCAAUUUCUUAAUGCUAUUCUAAUGCUUGUUACAUGUGUGGAUUGUUCAUCGGCUGUUCAUACUCGUGAUGAUCUUACUGAAAUUGAAAAAGAAGUUUAAUUCAGAGAAAAUUUACGAAUACGUCUAUUAAAUGAUAUUGGAAAAUUAGUUGAUGUUCUUGUUGAAAAUCAUCCAGAUGAUGCAUCAUCUAUAAACACUGUCUUAAAAAUUUAUUCAUUGACAUCAGUCUAUUUCGGUGCAUUUGAAAAUUAUAUAGACACUUUAUUUAAUGAUCUUGAAAUUGUUAAAUAUUUAUACAAAAAUAAGCUAUCCGGUAAACGAAAACAUCCUCGGUUUCUUAUCAUUAAACGAAUUGGAUUACAACUCGAAUUAUUCUCUAUCAGUAAUUAUCAAAGUUUAACUGAAAUUGAUAGACAAGUCAUACUUAAAUUAUUUGAAUUAUCAAUUCAUCGAUACAGUGAAGUUCGUCGCAAUGCACAAGUUUAUUUAUUUUAUAUUUUACAACGUUAUCUUUUUUCAUAUCAAGUUAUCGUUAAUCGUAUUCUAGAAUUACUUGAUAAUCCAGGUGAAGCUGAUCAUGAUCAAAUAAAAGGUUGUCUUUAUAUUCUUCUUGGAAAUGAUUCAAUCUUUAUACCAACAAAACAUUCAUGGACAUUACUUGAAAGAUUAUGGCCAUCACUUACACGUACAAUGCAUGCAACUAAAAUUAGUACACAAGAAUUAAUUGAUAAUAUUAUGGAAAAUGUUGUUAAACGAUUCGAUAGUCCAGCUAUUAUUGAAGAUACUAAUGAUGUAUCAAUCAAAACAGCAAUUGAACUAUGGAAACCUUUAGACACUAAUGAAUUAGUAUCACGAGAUCAAAUGCGUGAAGAACGAAAUCAAGCAAAUAUUCAAUCAUAUAAUAACCUUAUGGAAACAUUAAAUUCAUUAUUUUAUAACCAUCUAUUGACUUGGCGACAACAAGAAAUGGCCAUGACAUUUAUAUUUUUCCUUCUACAAAAUCGUAUUCCAAUACCUUCAUCAUGUAUUCGAACAUUUGUUGAUUUUCUUAUUCAUGAUGAUAUUGUAUUACGAAAGAUUGCUGAAAAAGGUAUUGCAACAUUUUGUCGUAUACAAAAACCACCUCGAAUUUAUCUUGAAAAAACACUUGAUGAAAUUCUUCAACGUCCAGUUAAUGUUGAUCAAUGUCAUCCAGGUGAUCGUGAUGAUAAUUUAUGGAUAACAAUUAAUGAUUAUAAACCACCUAAAACACAAAAUGAAUGGGAAGAAACAUGUUUUUUGGAUAAAAGUUUUCAUGGUUAUUAUAAAUGGCCAAAAAUAAUUAAAUAUCCAAUGAAUAAACGUGAACGAUAUACAAAAGAAAAUAUGCCAGAAGAUGUUGCAGUUUUAUAUGAAAGAUUUAUUGAUAAAAGUUUUAUUAAUAAAUUUAUUCAAUUUAUGAUUUUGGAUGAAGAAGGAGGAGGGAUCAAUUUUGAUUUUUAUCGAUUUCGAAUGUUUAAAGGUCUUUUUCGAAAUUUUGGUUUGGCUUUAGUAGAUAGUUUUAUGGAUGAUUUAUACAUACUUAUUCGUGAUAAAACAAAGAAACAAGAAGGUAGUCAUCGAGUAGCAGCUGAAAUUGUUGCUGGCAUGAUUCGUGGUUCAAAACAUUGGACUUUAGAUAUGCUCGAUGAACUUUGGAAAAAAUUAACACCAUUUCUUAAUGAAGUUUGUACGAAUCUUAGUGUAGAAACUGUUUCACAUUGGGGUUCAUGUUUUAAAUAUGGAAUGGAAGAUGAAGAUCCACGUCGAAUGUAUCGUCCUAUUGAAUUUCUUCGUUCAUUAAUGAACAAUCAAACAAUGGGAAAUACAUUUCUUGAAACAUCGCAAUGGUAUUUUAUUCUAUUAUUAAGUAAUUUUGAGUGGCGUAUUCCUUCAAUAUGGUGCGCAAUAAAUCAAUAUGCUAAAGAACUUCUUGAUCAUCCAUAUCAGGCGAUACGAGAAUG